AUGAAAUCAGGAGAGUCGGACGUUGUCGAAAAGGGAAUGGAGUUCCUGAAUCAUCUUAAUCGGCGUAUAAAGUCGGAUGUCGAAAUAAAGCUUCCAAUGACAAAGCUACUGGAUCAUUUGUCUUCAUCAGAAAGAAGUAUUUUGACUACAAAUUUGGUUAUGGUUUAUCUCAAAAUGGGUAUAAUGAGGAGUGACGAAGAGGAGUGUGCCAAAUUGCUGCCAAAAUUUUUUGUGGCUAUUAAAGAAAAUUUGAGUGAUGAGAAAAAUUCUGAACAAAUAUUUGUUUUUUCUGGACGGUGUUUGAUACAAGCAUCUACUAUGCAGAAGGAAAAGUGGCCAGAAAUGCCGGGUUUGGAUGAUAAAGCGUUUCGCUCAAAGCUGCUGUUUUUUUUUCAAAAUGUUCUUGCAUUCAAAGAUGGUAGCAGAGAAAAUGUGAUCCUUCAAGCUUCAAAGAUUGAAAGAGGAGAAGCAGAACCACCAGCGUGUAUGGUUCGCCAGAGCUAUCUUCUUUUGGCAAAGGAGAUGGUUAUUGACCUGAAGCUAAGUAUUGUUAAACUGAAGAUCGCUGUAUUAAAAAUCAUUUCUUGCGAUUCCUUUACGGAUCAGGAAAGAUUUCCUCUUUUACUUCUGGGCUCUGCCAACGGUCCUGAUGAAGUUGAAAGUAUAACCAGUUCUGCAAUACGAAGAUUGGACCUAGACAUAAUAUUGAGCGACAGAAAUAUGUGUGCUAAAUUAUUCUCGCUUUAUCUCGGUUCCGCACCAAAGAACCCUAAUGACGGUAGUGCAGUUAGUGGCGCAUCUUUACCGUUGAAAUUGCUUAUGUUUCCCUACUUUAACCGAUCUCGAGCAGCUCCCGUUAUGUAUCCCUUAAAUAUUAAAGUCGCUUUUGAUGGGUUGUUUGCUAGGAAUUACGAUAUUGCAAAACUUAAACAAUUGGCUGCUGAAUUCUUACUUUUAAUAAUUAAAAGUUGCCCAGAAACAGCAUUUCAAGGAAUAGGCACUGUAAUUUUUUCUUCGCUUAGGAGGCUUGUUCGCGAAAACAAGCACGAAAAUGUCGUUUCUCUUGGUUAUCAAUGUCUUGGAUUAACGGGCAAAAAGUUGCCGAAUUUGCUGAUGAAUGAUUUGCAACUUGUACAAGAAACGUUUGAUGCACUGUCCCAGGCGCCUGCUGAUUUAAGUUCAUCUAUAGGCGAUUGCUUGAUUACGUGGUUACCUGGCCUGUGCAAUUUAAAGGAUGCAGCUAGUGUUGGCGUUCUUCAAACAAUUAUUUCUGCUUAUUGUCAACAUAGUUCACUAAAAUGUCGUCUUGUUGCGCUAAAGUUUAUUGAAAGUCUUGUAAAAACACCUAAUCUUGACUUCCGAUGGACCUUGUGCUGGGCGUUUACUGAUACGAGGGAUGAAAUGAAACUUGAAGCCAGACGUUUACUCGAUCUUUCUUUAGGGGACGCACGGUACUUACCUGAGUUUAAGGACUUGGUUCGGUUUUUCUAUCGAAAGUUAGAAGCUUUAAAAGUGUUUAGUUUAUCUGAGGAUUGCGAAACAGUGGAUGAUAGUCGCAAGAAGGAAGCUGUUGGUAGUGAAUUGACGGCUGUAAUAGCUUCUUACAUUUUUGAUGUUGCCUGCAUUCUUCAUGGUAUUCCAGCAAAAUCAGAGGUUUCUGUCAGAGCUGAACGUUAUCCUUUGGUUUACAAAUUUUUUUCGUCAUUGAUUUCUGAAGAUUUUGAUGUCGUUGAUAAGUACUUGGACAUUGUUCUUCAUGCGGCUACUGUGCGUCCGACUGCCGAACUAUUAGAUCUAUCUGCUUUGUUGCUGUACAGUACGGGCAGUUCUCUGAAUUCUAAAUUCAGGCACGAGUUUGUAAAGAAACUGUCGAAUAUUUUGAUGUCAUCUUCUCACCAAAUGUUGUGUUCUAACUGCGCGCGACUUAAUGUGUUAUGUCAAAGUCUGGAGACUAGAAAGGCUACUUUAGAGUCAUGUUUUUUAAAAUUGAAAGAAGAAGAACAGCAUUGGAAACCAAGUGAUUUCUGGAUCGCUUCCUUUUUGAUUUCUGAAGGGGCUGAUCUCUCUGCCAGUACAGUGAACGCUGUUGAGGAUGUUCUUGUUAAAUGUAUCAGAAAGUUGUUUGACCGUCCCAAUAGCUUAUUGGAACCUGCAUGUUGUUCUGCGGUAGAGUUGUACAGAGGGUGCUUGGAAAAAAUGAAUUCCAAAGAGCAGGCAGAAUUGUUUAAACUACGGUUGGAAGGGCUGGAUGAUGUCCUCGAGUUGUUUGGUAAGAUAUCGCUCACACGUAAAGAACUGGUUGGUUUCAAAGUGAAAGAGGCGAUUGUGAAGUGUCUUGGAUUUAUAUCAGCCUCUGUCAUGGGGAAGAACGUUUGCGACAAAGUUUUAAGCCGUCUUUUUGCGGUGGGAGAAGGUGUUCCUUUACCAGAACUGCAAUUUACUGUUGGUUCGUCACUGUUCGAUGCUGUGAUGGGAGAGCAUUCCCCAUCACGUCGUAACUUUGUUACAGAGACGGAAGAAGAUUAUUUGAGUCAUAUUCCACAAGAAAAAUUAACGACUUGCGGGAGGAGAAUUUUGGAGAUGUUUGACACUAUUAGCUUAAAAUCAAAACACAUUAACCGGCAUCUUCGUCAGGCAGCGUUUAUAUGGUUAUUUGUUUUCUUGGAGAGGUGCUCCAAGUGUCAUUUCAACUGCAUUACUGAACAGCUUUGCAAUAUUCAAGACACAUUUGUCAAUGGUCUGGCUGAAAGCGACGAUUUUACCCAGGAAAUUGCUAGCCAGGGGAUUGGAAUAGUUUUUACUCUAGGAAGUGAAGAACAAAAGAAAGUAAUGGUUGGAGAGUUGGUCGAUUUCCUCACAUCAGGACGGAAAUCCACUGUCCCUAUAACUGGUGAAACUCAACUUUUUGCAAAAGGAGAAUUGGGAUCUGGUCCGUCUGGCGAGUCAUUGACUACGUACAAAGAGUUAUGCGCUCUAGCCACGGAUCUGAAUCAGCCAGAUUUAAUUUAUAAAUUUAUGCAGCUUGCUAACCAUAAAGCAAUUUUUAACACUAAGAAGGGUGCUGCUUACGGGUUUAGUGUAGUAAUGCAACAGGCGCAAAGUGAACUUGAACCGUAUUUACCGCAGAUAGUGCCUAAACUUUAUAGAUAUCGAUAUGAUCCUGACUUACAAGUAAUGGCUGUAAUGCGCAACCUUUGGCAAGUGGUUACAUCUUCCCAAAAAAAUGUCGUCGAAAAAUUUGGAUGUCUGAUAUAUAAUGAGCUGUUAUCGAGUUUAACUAAUUCCUUCUGGCGAGUACGAGAAUCAAGCUGUUUGGCACUCGCAGAUUUACUUACUAGCACCUUCGACAAAACGUUUCUUGAAAAUGCAGGUGUUUUGUAUGGACUACUUUUUCGCGUUAACGACGAUAUAAAAGAAUCAGUGCGUUUGUCUGCCACGAAAGCCCUGAAGUCUUUCGCCGCUUUUACGAUACGCCACAGUUUGAGCGAAAAGGGCGAUAGUGCAACUCACUUUAUUGGUGUUAUACUUCCAGUUCUGAUUGAAAAAGGCAUGGGCUCUUCUCUAAAAGAGAAUCGAGUAUUCAGUUUAAAACUUGUUAUGGAUCUCUCAAAGAAAUCAGGCGUAGCAUUGCAACCUCACCUUUCAAUCGUGAUACCCCGGCUUUUGGAGUCUUUAAGUGAAGUGGAACCUAGUUGGUUGAACUAUCUUGCUGCGAGGUCUAGUGCAGAUGAAUUAGAGCUGUUAGAUACUGCCCGAGCUUCUUGCGCUAGAAGCUCUCCAAUGGUUGAUACUCUUCAUGAUUUAAUUCCUCUAAUUAACGAAUCUGUGUUGGAAGCUCUUUGCCCGUCAUUGAUAGACUUAUUAAGAAAUUCUGUUGGCGUCAGUACCCGGUUGGGGACUAGUCAGUUCUUAAUCGACUUAUGCCUUCGACGAAAACAAGUGCUUGCUUCAGCUCGGAAUAUCUGUGAUAGAUUCACUAACACCCUUUCAACUGGCCUUCGGGAUCGAAAUCCUGCUGUAAGAAAGCAGUUUGCCGUUGCACUCUCUUAUAUAAUAAAAUACUCGUCUCAAAAGCAGAUUGAUCGAAUUUUAUCAUUUAUUGUGGAGAGGCUACAGGGCGAGGAAGAGAACGAUGAGAAAACUUCGUACAGUUUGUUACGCGCUUUUGCUGAUAACAACAGUGAAGUUUUGACUCAGUCAAAUUCUGUUAUUCUUCCCUAUAUAUUUAUGACUUGUUCCAAAGAAGUUGAAAGAGAGGAUGAAGAAGGUAAGAAGCAACUCGCCCUUUGGGAGGAAUUAUGGAACGACCUGGUUCCCGGUACUCACUCUGCUGUUCGCUUGUACAAGAAGGAAUUAUUAGAAGUGGUUUUUAAAACAAUGCGAGAAAAUCCUGUAUGGGCACGAAAAGCUCAGGCGGCUGCAAUGCUUUCUCGUAUUAUAGAAUCACAGUGCACCGAUUAUUCUCCCGCAGAAGCAGACGAAAGUUUUACAAUGCUCACUUCACUGUUGAAAGGAAAAACAUGGACAGGAAAAGAAAAAAUCCUAGCUGCUAUGACAUCUCUUUUAAAAGUAGCCGGACCAGCUCUCUCCUCACAAUGGAGCUCAUAUGAAACAUUUUGUGAAAAGUAUGACAUAAUAUGGAAAGAAACAUCAAAAAAAAAGUAUUCACAUAGUGCAGAGGCAAUUAUGUGUGCAGCAAUAUUUUGCGAAAACAUCAAGCUUCCAGAAAAAAGUUUACAACUGGUGUCAUUGGUAAAAAGGAGGGGUUUAUUAGAGAAGCUUUCCAGUUCUGAUUCUUCUGGUGAAGAUGGUGAUGAUAAGAGUGCUAAAGAAGCUCUUCGCCAGAAAUCAUUGGUUCGCGUGUUUUCGGCUCUACCUCACUGUCUACUGGCCUUCGACAACGCUGAACAAAUGUAUGAAUGUCUGACUGUCAUUUUGGAAGUACUAGAAGCGAAAAAUCUCUUCUGGAAAUUGAAAAUUGGCUUGGUUGAGGAACUUUUGGUAGUCAUCGAGAGGUGGCCAAAUUCUUUGAAAAGUGACUUGUCUCGGCUACUCUGUUGCAUGAUAACGACAACGAAGGACACAUGGGAUUCUCAGAAUAGUUUUGCAAGGAAAUGCCUAGAAGUGAUUGAAAUGAUGUUGAAUAAAUCCGUUGCAGGAGACAUUUUGCUUGCAGAGGACUCUGCAAUGAAAGCGCUAUCAGCUUUUCAGAAAUCUGAAGCUGUAAAGUCGAGUUGGACUACAACCAAAGCAGUUGAAAAGUUCUUAGAGCGUUUUAACGAAGGGAAAGAAAAAAAGUCUGUUGUCAAGGAGAUUUUACUUCAAUAG